AUGCCUGCGCCGCAUCCUAGCCAAGUGCCUGACUCUAUGAAAGUCGAUGGGAAGAUACGGGUCUGUGUCACUGGCGCAGGCGGUUUUAUUGCGUCGCACCUGGCGAAGCGACUGAAGCAACUGGGUUACUACGUCGUCGCAGCGGACUGGAAGGAAAACGAGUACAUGCGCAAGGAGGACUUUUGCGAUGAGUUUCACCUGGUGGACCUGCGUGAGUACGAAAACUGUAAGCAGAUUUCGAGUAACUGUCAUACGGUCUACAACCUUGCGGCAGAUAUGGGCGGUAUGGGCUUCAUCCAGAGCAACCAUAGUGUUAUCUUGUACAACAACAGUUUGAUCAGUCUGCACAUGCUUGAAGCGUCCCGUGUCAAUGGUGUGAAACGGUUUUACUAUGCUUCAAGCGCUUGCGUAUAUCCCGAGUACGCUCAGAUGAAAGAGGAUAUGCAGCAGGGCCUCAAAGAGUCGGAUGCGUGGCCGGCGCAACCCCAGGACGCAUACGGACUCGAGAAACUCAUGUCCGAGCAGUUGUGCAUGCAUUAUCGGAAAGAUUUCGGCAUUGAGACGCGUAUUGGGCGUUUUCACAAUGUGUACGGGCCGCAGGGAACCUGGCAAGGUGGUCGCGAAAAAGCACCAGCUGCCUUUUGCCGAAAGGUGAUCGCUUCGGACGGUGAGUUCGAAAUGUGGGGCGACGGCAAGCAGACGCGUUCCUUCCUCUACAUCGACGAUGCGGUGGAGGCCGUCAUUCGUCUAACGGAUUCCGAUUUCGCGGAGCCGUUGAACAUCGGCUCCGAGGAGAUGAUAUCCAUGAACGAUAUGGCGGAGCUUAUCAUGACAUUUGAGAACAAGAAGCUGAAGAUCAAGCAUAUUCCUGGGCCAGAAGGCGUUCGUGGGCGCAACUCGAAUAACGACCUCUGUCGCAAAGUGCUCGGGUGGGAGCCACAAAUCCCACUCGCAGAGGGGCUCCGAAGAACGUACCUUUGGAUCAAAGAGCAGAUCGAAGAGGAGCGCAAAAACGGCGUGGUGCGCGAUUAUGCGAAAAGCGUCAUCGUACCGACGCAUGCGCCGUCUGAGUCCAAAGCGGCACGUCGAAAGUAA